CCGUGGACAGGGCAGGGGGCGGAGCUUGGCAGUAGAGUAGGAAGAAGGGGACGGUGGACGUCACGUUGUUGUUGUUGUUUAGGUGGAGGUUUGACGGCUGCAUCGGCCUCCGGGAAGCCCAAUCAUCGAGGAGAGCCACAGAGUGACCCGCUCGUUAACCGAAAUUACGAGGAGUCGCAUCUGAAAGCUGCUGCAUCGAGUGGUACCAGACCGAAACGGCCACAAUGAAAUGGAUGUUCAAAGAGGAUCACUCCCUCGAACAUCGAUGCAUCGAGUCUGCCAAGAUCCGCAGCAAGUACCCUGACCGGGUCCCGGUGAUCGUGGAGAAGGUGUCCGGGUCACAGAUAGUGGACAUUGACAAGAGGAAGUACCUGGUCCCGUCUGACAUCACGGUGGCGCAGUUCAUGUGGAUCAUCAGGAAGCGCAUCCAGCUGCCAUCUGAGAAGGCCAUUUUCCUUUUCGUGGAUAAGACGGUGCCUCAGUCCAGCAUCACGAUGGGGCAGCUGUAUGACAAAGAGAAGGACGAGGACGGGUUUUUAUACGUGGCGUACAGCGGCGAGAACACCUUUGGUGUUUAAAACUCGGCAGAGCAACGGAGACCUGAAAACUACCCAGAUCCAGUCCCGCAGCCCCUGCAGGCAGAGAGGGAAACCCUGUAGAGAUGGAGGAACAGGACUGAAGAACAGCGGCGGCAGUGUGUGUGUGUGUUUGUGUGUGUGUUCACCUUCCUAGAGUCGGUUUUAAUCACAUUUAAAUCAUUUUUAGUUUGUUGUUGAGUCGAGUGUUUUCAGAAGAAACUUUGUGAAUAAUUUUCUUGCCUUUUUUUUAAGUGGCACGUGCGCCUGACUCUGUGUGUGUGUGUGUGUGUGUGUGUGUGUGUGUGUGUGUGUCUUGUGGAGUUUUAGUUUUUUCUUAAAGAUAUUUUAAUUUAAAUAAAGAGAAUUGUUUUAUUGAUUUGAAGGUGAGGUAGCUGGAUGACCUAACCAAUAAAAACCCAAAGAAAACUCA